GGUGUCGCUGUGGCUUCGUUAACUAUGUGGCGCAGCAAGUACAAGAAGAAAUGGUUUCAGCCGUGGAGGUGCUGAGUCUUUUUCUGGUCGCUGCAUUAUGGGGCACCACAAACCCCUUUCUGAGGAAAGGAACAGAGGGCAUUGAGCGGGUUCAGGAAGGAAACAAGGUCUACCAGUUCCUGGCUGAAGUCAAGUUUUUAUUUCUCAAUUUCAAGUAUCUGGUGCCCUUUCUGCUGAAUCAGAGUGGCUCGGUGGUGUUCUACCUCACGCUUGCUUCAACAGAACUCUCCUUGGCUGUGCCGAUGGUGAACUCACUCAGCUUUGUGUUCACCAUGUUUACUGGGAAACUGCUCGGAGAAGAGUUUGGAGGAAAAAGUGCUGUUUUGGGGAUGGUGCUCACUAUGGUCGGUGUGACACUGUGUGUGAUCAGUUCUAUCUCAGAAGCUGACAGUGCAGUACUACAAAACGCAACUCAAGUGUAGUGUUCACCACCCAAAUUAUAUCUACUUGGUUGUGGUGAUCCCUGUCUGAUUGAUGGGGUAUUGAGUGCUGAUAUGGUGUCCAUAGAAACACAUGGACAGGAGUUAAAGGACACCUUAAAGGUGCAUUUAUAAGUGCGUUUGUUUACGUACAGGGUAGGUUGACCUUAAAAGCAAUUAUUUGCAGGGUAAUUUAUUUUCACUACUUGCUUUAUCUUGGUCAGGGUCACUGUGGGCUUGGCAACAUUACAGGGCAAGACACCCAUUUUUUACUCUCUUUCUCCUACACAAAAAAAGCAAAGGAAGAACUUCGCAAAGCUGGAGAAAACUGGAUCUGAGAUUUACUUGUGUUCAGUUAUCAGAGAAAGAACUCGCAUGUAAAUAUGAGACUGCAUUUUCACUGAAUGAUCCUCCACAUCCUAGUUUAUCCUUGAUUUUAUGUCCUUAAGGGAGAUAUUAAAGUUUAAGGACUGGUCAUUUUAAAGCAUUAAGUGUGAUCAAGUUUCUCAUUCUAAUGUUUUACUUGAAGGUCUGGUUAUAAUAGGUAACAAAUUUGUAUAUGCAAUUAUUGCUAAUAAUUUACCCUUGCAUUGGUGGUGGUGCCGAUAUGUCGGAAACGUGUGUAAGAUACUACAGUAUGAAUCUACAUGCUUUACAUAUCUGGCCUCAACUACGUCCCAACACUAGAAUUUACUGGAAACUUGUCCAAGUGCUUCUGCCAACCACUUUUUCGUCUGCACCCUAAAUCACAUAGAAAAUGUGUGAGCAGAUAAAACAAUAUCAGAAAUUACAAACUGUUACCAACACCAGCAUCAAUAUACAGAUGAAUACAAAUAAUCAUUAAUAAUUUAUCAACUGUAGUUUAUAAAUCUAAUUUAGUUUAUUGUUAGUAGCUAUUUAUAACUGCACAAUCAUGAAAAAGAAAACGUCACAAUAGUGUAGAAUCAUUACAUUUACAGUGUGUACGUUUGACGUAGUAUCAGAUCAACAUCAGUGGUUCAUAUUGAAUCUAUUAAUGGCUCAAGAAGUUGUCAGAGAUUUUCCCCAAUAUAAAACAAUAUAAUCUCACUAACCUUCUCAAAAGUGCACCUGUCAAAGUUUUAUUAUUUAUACUAUUGCAAAUAAACUGAUUUGUUAUGACUCA